AAAUAAAAUCAAUUCGGAUAAACAAAAAAAGCCGAAAUCAAUGGAAAAUGAUCAUAAUCAAGAAGAAGCGGAGACGUUCAUCGGAAUCAGGAAGCGCAAAUGGGGGAAAUGGGUGUCGGAAAUCCGCGAGCCCGGCAAGAAAACCCGGGUUUGGCUAGGGAGCUACGAGAAGCCGGAGAUGGCCGCUGCCGCCUACGACGCCGCGGCAUUCCACCUAAGAGGCCCCGCCGCGCGCCUCAACUUCCCCCGCCUGGCAGGCCUCCUCCCGAAGCCGGCAAGCGACAACGCGGCAGAUGUUCAGGCCGCGGCGCAGGAGGCCGCCAUGCAGAUCGCUGGGAGGCGGGCAGCGGAGGCGGGGAGAGUGGGGCUGUCGGCGAGCCAGAUUGAGGCUAUAAAUGAAAUGCCGCUCGACUCGCCUAAAUUGUGGAUGCAGGGAAUGGAAAUGGGAGUACAAGAUUAUUUUGUUUAUAAUCAUCAUCAACACAUGGAGCUUAAUCAUCAUGAUCAAUUGGAUUAUUAUCCUAUUUGGGAUUAA